AUGGAGCGAAAGAAAACGUUUACAAUGAACUGGGACGCCCUCGGCGACCAAGACGACGACGAUGACCGGUUCUUUGAGUCCCGUGACCGCCUCUCCUCUGCCGUUCCGCUCGAGCGCGCCUCCUCUGGCUCAGAAGAUGAGACUAAUGACUUUGAAGAUACCCGCUUGUCCUUUGCUUCAUCUGUUUCCACAGCCGAAUUUCGCAAUUAUUCUACCGCUGCCGCAGCUGCAAUGUCACCAGAAUACGAUAUCUGGUUGUCAGCACCUGGAUCCAUUAAAGAACGCCGCAAACGCCUCCUUCAAGGCAUGGGGCUAUCAGCCGAUAAAGAGCUGCUUAACAUCUCCAGUAAAAACUUGACGCGUGCUGUUUCGACCAAGAUUACAAAUCGUCAUGCUUCUCCUGAUAAAAAAACUGAUCCCAGCAAAGAUACGAAGCCAAAGCCUUCACCUGCACCGGUACCGGUAGUGCUGGUCCGUUCCAGGUCUGGCAAUGACAUAGCCUCUUUUUCAGUAGAGAAAACAAGAAAAGAAGAAAUACUUGGCAAUAUCUCCAAGCAACGCCUGACGAGAUCAUCUUCAAUGAUAAUUGUAUCACAGGCCCGAAUAUAUCCUUAUCAGGAUCCUGCUAGAAUUUCAACAAAGGAUAGAAAAAAGACUCGCUCACUUGAACAAAAGAGAAGCUUAACGCCUUCAAUAUCAGAUAACAGAUUUCGUGCUUUCUUCUUGAUAAAGAACUUGGAUACAGGUAAAGAAUUCAUUGUUAACGAGUAUAAUCAUGAUGGGAAUUGGAAUAAGGUGAGUGAUCUGCAAACAGGGAAGCAAUUAACCAUGGAAGAAUUCGAGAAAAGCGUCGGGCAUUCGCCGGUUGUUAAGGAGUUAAUGAAAAGAGAAAAUGUUAACAAGAUGAAUGGUGAUGAAAGAAAAUUGACUGCAAAUAAAUAUCUAUCCAAGAGUUUCAGAAAUAGCAAGAGAAGAGGCGCAGCUUUCUUGAAGAAAGCAAAAGGUAUGGCUCAUUCUAUGUCACUAAAAGGUAUUGAUAAAGAGAGAGAUAUUGUUUCACCAAAAGCAGAAUCAAAAGCAGAAAGCAAGAAUUCGUCACCUUCUGGAUGGAUAAAAGUUAGACAAAAUGGAAAAUCUUGCAAGGAGCUUAGUGCUUUGCAUUUAUGCCAAGAGAUUCAAGCUCAUCAAGGCUCCAUAUGGACCAUGAAGUUCAGUCCUGACACCCAAUUACUUGCAAGUGGGGGUGAAGAUAGAACUAUCCAUAUAUGGGAAGUUCAAGAAUGUGAAAUUAUGUCUUUGAAUCCCUUUUCAACACCGGGUCUAGGAGAGGUCACCCCAAUGCCUUCAGAAAAGAAAAAGAAGAAGAAGGGUUCAUUAAGCCGGAAAAGCUCUCUCAUUCCAGACUAUGUCCAUGUGCCGGAAACUGUGUUUUCACUGUCGGAGAAACCGAUCUGCUCUUUCACCGGCCAUCUUGAUGAUGUCUUGGACUUGUCUUGGUCCAGAUCUCAGCUCUUGCUCUCAUCUUCAAUGGACAAAACAGUUCGGCUCUGGGACAUGGAAACCAAGAGUUGUCUAAAGUUGUUUGCUCAUAAUGAUUAUGUAACUUGCAUACACUUCAAUCCAAUGGAUGAUAACUAUUUCAUAAGUGGUUCGCUAGAUAACAAAGUUCGUAUCUGGAACAUACCUGAUAGAAUGCUUGUGGAUUGGACUGAUCUUCAUGAGAUGGUCACUGCAGUCUGCUACACUCCUGAUGGCCAGGGUGCACUCAUCGGUUCACAUAAAGGAAGUUGCCGCAUGUACAAUGUUGAGGAUUGUAAACUGAGUCGAGCAGAGCAUAUUGACUUGCACAACAAGAAGCGUCCAAAAAAGAUAACUGGUUUCCAGUUUUCCCCAUGCAAUCCAACUGAAGUUCUUGUUGCUUCUGCUGAUUCUCGAAUUCGGAUUAUAGACGGUUCAGAAUUAGUUUAUAAAUUUAAAGGUUUUAGAAAUCUCAACAGCCAAAUUGCUGCUUCAUUCAGCACAGAUGGAAAAUUUGUAAUAUGUGCAAGUGAAGAUUCCCACGUAUAUCUCUGGAAGCGAGACGAGCGAGCAGGGACAUCAGGAAAAGGAAAAAAUAUGACGAAGACAAAGUCUCAUGAAAACUUUCAAUGUAGAGAUGUAUCAAUUGCAAUCCUGUGGCCUGGUACUGUGAGAGGUGAUCCUCCACCUGAGCAGCAUCAUUCAAAAAGACAUUCUAAGCGUUCUUCAUCAUUUAGUUCGCCAACAAAUGAUGAAUCUUCUGUAAGUAGUCGGAGAAAUUUUCCAUCUUCUGCAUCGGAUUCACCAACCAGAGAAGAUAAUUCAUCAGCUACAGGUAAUGAGAGAAAACUGCCACCUCUUCCAAACAAAAAAGACAACAAUAACAAAAAUGUAGAUAGAGCUCCGUCCCUUGGAGAAGACCUUUUUCCGGUUUGCUGGUUGGAUUCCGGUCUCGCAAACUCGUUCAAGUCUGCUUCUUCCUCCAUGAGAUAUGGUGAGUCACCUUCGAUUUCAGCUGGUCCUUCCAAGUCUUCUUCUUGGCCUUCAUCUUGGUCAUGGUUGCAUGGCAACCAAAAUGUCCAGGCAACAGCAUGGGGCAUGGUGAUUGUUACUGCAACAUUGGGAGGUGAAAUUAGAGCUUACCAAAAUUUUGGAUUACCUCGCCAAUCAAACCUAUUUUGA